AUGUUCUCAAUGAGACUUGUGCCUUUGAGCAAAAAUGCACCCAUAACUGCUAUUGUGAGGGUAAUUCAGAAAUCCAAAGUCAAUUUAUCUAACACAUUGAAUUAGAUUUUGUUGGUAGGUUAAUCAAUUUGCAUUGAUAAACUUAUAUUCAUGCUAAGCAGGAUUUGUGACGCACUCAAGUUACCAGACUCAUUUAGCUAAACUAAUGAAGGAACUGAAAUAGAAGAAAUAAAACUGGAGGCUUGUAAUCCUUAAUCUUUCUAAUGUAAACAAUAUGAUAAAAAUGAAGUGAUUUUAGAACAUUUGAGAAAUGAUAAAAUAUAUCACUAGAUUUUUGAUAAAGUUGAUCUUAUUGGCCUAGAGUAGAUUUAUUACUAAAUGUACAUUUAUUAUGAACAGAGAAAAAAAAAAGGUCGACUUCAGUGA